GCCUUCAGUCCCUUCCUUCCCUCAGCCGAAGCCGGAGUUGCUGAGCCAAGCGGCGGUCCAUCCGGGCACUCGCGAUGGGGGCGGCCGUCUUCUUCGGCUGCACCUUCAUCGCCUUCGGGCCGGCCUUGGCCCUCUGCCUGCUCACCGUCGCCGGAGACCCCCUGCGCGUCAUCAUCCUCGUGGCCGGGGCCUUUUUCUGGCUGGUUUCUCUCCUCCUGGCCUCUUUGAUCUGGUUCAUAUCAGUGCACUUGAGCGACCGCGAGGACGGGCGGCUGCAACACGGUCUCCUGAUGUUCGGGGCGGCCAUAUCUGUUUUGCUGCAAGAAGCUUUCCGCUUUGCUUAUUUCAAACUCCUCAAGAAAGCUGACGAAGGCUUGGUGACCAUAAGCGAGGAUGGACGGUCUCCCAUCUCGAUCAAGCAGAUGGCAUACGUGUCGGGUCUCUCCUUCGGCAUCAUCAGCGGCGUCUUCUCCGUCAUCAACAUCCUUGCGGAUUCCAUCGGGCCGGGAACUGUGGGCAUCCAUGGGGAUUCGCCCCAUUAUUUCAUCACGUCAGCCUUCCUGACCAUGGCAAUCGUUCUUCUGCAUACAUUCUGGGGGACCAUCUUCUUUGACGCCUGUGAGAAGAGGUGCUACUGGAAGCUGGCGCUGGUGGUGGCCAGCCAUUUGAUGACGUCCGGGUUGACAUUCCUCAACCCUUGCUACGAGGCCAGCCUCAUCCCCAUCUUCAUGAUCACGCUCUCCACCGGAGUCUGGGCUUUCUUCACAGCCGGAGGUUCCUUCCGCCGCAUCCUCUCCUGCCUUUCCUGCCGACGGAAAGAAGAGAACCACGUGAUGGUUUACUCUGCACUCCAGCUCCCCAGUGAGAACUGAGUGUCCCGGGAUCCUCCGAAGGGAACGGGAGUCACCCAAGUGCCUUCUUCUUGCCAAUGGUACACAUCCAUUUCUCUGUCUCUUCGUUCUCUUCCGGAACGGAGCGACCACUCUGACGUUUUGUACAUUCCUUUGGGAUUCGGGAUAGAAGUGUCGCUCUGGUUGUGAUGUACCAUUUGGAGUUAUAAUUUCCCCUCGCUUCUUCCGUGGAAGAUGGGGAUUGUUGGUUGCGGGAGGCGCCGAGCUCCUCAUCAUAGAGAAUCCGGCACAUUUCGGCGUCGGUUGUGAGACGUUUCCUGUGGCGAUGUGGUGAGCCUGUUUGGAUUCGUGCCAUUUUUAAACGUCUGUGUGUGCGGACGUAGAGUUUGCCAAGAGAAGCGGAUGAGCAAAUGAUGGGGCCUCAUCCGGGAUCAUUUUAUCCUACUGAAUGUAAACAAAGGCCGAACUGGAGGAAGAGUUUUGAAUACAUGUUGCAAGUGAGGCUCCCAACCCACGUUCUUCUCUCCCUGCUUGAACAUAUCCUCCAUGAUGUACAAUUAUUGAUAUUUUUGUUGACUAGAAUCGAAACCGAACUCAUUAGAUUGUAUUUUUUAAGCCACUGGUUUGAGCAAGUGGACUCUUUUGCCUCCGCUGCAUAGGAUGUUUUGUCUUAGAUUUUCCAUAUUUUUUUGUAUUUUUCCUUUCUUGUUCAGUGCUAAGAAUCACAGCCCCCUUGGAAAAAAAUAUAGAGAUUGGAAGAAGGAAACGGAGUCCGUUUUGAGAAGGACGAGAGCCGCAAAGACUGUCUCAUGUUGUAAUCGUUCUUGUCCAAGCUCUAGAUGGUGGCAUUGAUUCCAAAGAUAGGUCCGGGGUCCAAGAGAGAUGUUUUCAGACUCUGAUUCCCAGAAUCCUUCACCACCAAAAAUGGCGGCUUUCAAAUGGGGAUGAUUGGUAGUUGCCACUUGGCAACUGUCUUGAAAAAAUAAUUAUGCAGGGAACCAGGCGAAAAUCACUUUGGGGCAGGGUUGUUGUGUGUUUUCUAGACUGUAUGGCCAUGUUCCAGAAGCAUUCUCUCCUGACGUUUCACCCACAUCUAUGGCAGGCAUCUUCAGAGGUUGAGAGGUACCGUGUUUCCCCGAAAAUAAGACAGUGUCUUAUAUUAAUUUUUGCUCCCAAAGAUGCGCUAGGUCUUAUUUUCAGGGGAUGUCUUAUUUUUCCAUGAAGAAGAAUUCACAUUAACUAUUGAAUUAAAAAAUGAACAUUUAUUAUAUACUGUAUAGUAGUUGCCAUCACAGACCAGCAUAACCAGACAAACUGUGAAUCCUAUCAAGAAUUUCUUGUUACUACCCUGUUUCCCUGAAAAUAAGACAUCCCCAGAAAAUAAGACCUAGUAGAGGUUUUGCUGAAUUGCGAAAUAUAAGACCUCCCCCGAAAGUAAGACCUAGCAAAGUUUUUGUUUGGAAGCAUGCAGGAUCAGUAAAUGUACAUACCAUAGAUUGUUGUACAUGGAAAUAAAGGUAGUAACAAGAAAUAGUAAUAAUAUAAUAAUAACUUUUCUUGUAUCCCACCUCCAUCUCCCAGAAGGGACUCAGGGCAGCUUACACAGGGACAAGCCCAGCAACAACAUAAAUUUACAUACAAACAGAAAUUUAAAACAGUAUAGCAAUAAAAUAUAAUACAGAAAUUGUUGAAAGGAUUCACAGUUUGGUUAUGCUGGUUUGUAAUGACAACUACUGUACAGUAGAUAAUAAAUUUUCAUUUUUAAACAAUUCAACCAUAAAUGUGAAUUCUUCUUUGUGGAAAAAUAAGACAUCCCCUGAAAAUAAGACCUGGUGCAUCUUUGGGAGAAAAAAUUAAUAUAAGACACUGUCUUAUUUUCGGGGAAACAGGGUAUAUCAACCGGAAAUCGGAAAGGAAAUCCCUCAUUUUAUCCUACUGAAUGCAAACAAAGGCAAGACUGGAGGAAGAUACAUACCUCACAACCUCUGAGAAAGCCUGCCAUAGAUGUGGGCAAAACAUCAGGAGAGAAUGCUUCUGGAACAUGGCCAUACAGCCCGAAAAACACACAAUAACCCUGUGAUUCCAACCAUGAAAGCCUUCGACAGCACACUUUGGGGCAAUUGUAUCUACUAUCCCUGUAAUCUAUAUAGACAAUGGUGAGGAAUGUUGGGAAAUGCAGUCCACCAUCUAUGAUUCCUCACCUCUGGUUUAGAAAAAGGUAGAACCACUUCCACUUGUUUUCCUGGGUUGCUGAUAUGGCUGAUGGAAGUUGCAGUCCAACGGCAUCCAGUGAUUCACAAAGAAAGGACUGUUGCAUCGUUGUUAAUGUACGUAAUUCAUGUUUCUUAUGUGAGACGCGGGGGCGGCAUUGGAUCUCGGUCCUUUGACAAAAAUGCCGGCCCUUUAAGAAAAGGUUCUGACGCCAGAGUCCUGUGAUUCCCAGUCCUUCCCCUUCCCUGAAAAGUUUGUGCAAUGAAUAAAAAAGGGCUUUUCUUGUG